UUCAUCUGACAACAUGGCGAGUGUUCAGGCUGCCUCCCGACUCCUCUCCAAAAGGAUAUUGACCAGUACGAAAGCAGUCCCUGCUGCUGCAGUCCAGGGUUCGAGGAACUUUCACUUCUCCAUCUAUGGCAAGAAGAAUGCCAAAGUAUCAGAUGAUAUCUCUACUCAGUACCCAGUAGUGGAUCAUGAGUUUGAUGCUGUGGUGGUCGGAGCUGGAGGAGCUGGACUCAGGGCAGCUUUUGGCCUGUCAGAGGCCGGCUUCAACACUGCCUGUGUCACUAAGCUAUUCCCCACCAGGUCUCACACUGUCGCUGCACAGGGUGGGAUCAAUGCAGCUCUGGGGAACAUGGAGGACGACGACUGGAGGUGGCAUUUCUAUGACACAGUGAAGGGAUCUGAUUGGUUGGGAGACCAGGAUGCUAUCCACUACAUGACAGAACAGGCUCCCGCAGCUGUAGUGGAGCUGGAGAACUUCGGCAUGCCAUUCAGCCGCACUGAGGAUGGGAAGAUUUACCAGAGGGCCUUUGGAGGUCAGAGUCUUAAGUAUGGAAAAGGAGGCCAGGCUCACCGCUGUUGCUGUGUAGCAGACAGGACUGGACACUCACUACUACAUACACUUUAUGGACGGUCACUGCGUUAUGACACCAGUUACUUUGUGGAGUACUUUGCCCUGGAUCUGCUCAUGGAAGAUGGCGAGUGUAAAGGAGUGAUUGCUCUCUGCAUGGAGGACGGAUCUAUUCACCGCUUCAGAGCCCAGAACACUGUCAUUGCCACUGGGGGUUACGGACGAGCCUACUUCAGUUGCACGUCUGCUCACACUAGUACCGGAGACGGAAAUGCAAUGGUGACCAGAGCUGGCCUGCCCUGCCAGGAUUUGGAGUUUGUACAGUUCCAUCCCACUGGGAUCUACGGAGCUGGCUGCCUGAUCACAGAGGGUUGCCGUGGUGAGGGAGGGAUCCUGAUCAACAGUGAGGGAGAGCGAUUCAUGGAGCGCUACGCACCCAAUGCUAAGGACUUGGCCUCCAGAGACGUGGUGUCCCGCUCCAUGACCAUAGAAAUCAGAGAGGGCAGGGGUGUUGGUCCAGACAAGGACCACGUGUACCUGCAGCUCCACCACCUCCCACCUCAGCAGCUGGCCACAAGGCUGCCCGGUAUCUCAGAGACAGCCAUGAUCUUUGCUGGUGUCGACGUCACUAAAGAGCCCAUCCCUGUCCUGCCCACCGUCCACUACAACAUGGGUGGAGUACCCACAAACUUCAAGGGGCAGGUGAUCACUCGCACUGAUGGAAAGGACAAGGUGGUUCCUGGUCUGUACGCCUGUGGUGAGGCGGCCAGUGCCAGCGUUCACGGCGCUAACCGGCUUGGCGCCAACUCUCUGCUGGACCUGGUUGUCUUCGGCAGAGCUUGCGCCCUCACCAUCGCCGAGGAGCACAAACCUGGAGAGAAACUGUCCCCUCUGAAGUCCAGUGCAGGAGAGGAGUCUGUGGCCAACCUGGAUAAGCUGAGGUUUGCCAACGGAAGCCUGCGAACCUCUGAGAUCAGGCUUAACAUGCAGAAGAACAUGCAGUCCCACGCUGCAGUGUUCCGUACUGGCCCAGUUCUGAAGGAGGGAUGCGAGAAGAUGGAUGAAAUUUACCAGACAUUGAAUGACAUCAAGACCUUCGACAGAGGCAUUGUGUGGAACACAGACCUGGUGGAAACAUUGGAGCUGCAGAAUCUGAUGCUGAACGCCGUCCAGACCAUCAACUCAGCUGAGCAGAGAAAGGAGAGCAGGGGAGCUCACGCCAGAGAGGACUUCAAGGACCGUAUUGAUGAGUACGACUACUCCAAGCCCACUCCGGGUCAGGAGAAGAAGCCCUUCGAACAGCACUGGAGGAAGCACACUUUGUCCUACGUUGACCCCAAGACUGGAAAGGUGACUUUGGAGUACCGUCCUGUUAUCGACACCUCUCUGGAUGAGCAGGACUGCGCCCACGUCCCUCCUGCCAUCCGCUCCUACUAAGAAGACCCUUUCCUUCUCCUCCUUUCUUCUCCCCUCCUCUUCCACACCUACCCUGCCCAUUAGUAAAUGCUCCUGUAUUAGAGCUGACAUUUUCGGGCAAAUUAUGCUGUUGGUCGCACAUUUGUAAUCAUUUUAGCAUAGUUUAAAUACACAACUGUCUUCAACCUCAAACCCUUUGUGUCAUCUUCCUGUUGCUCUCCUUCAUGUGUGUUUUGCCUUGAUUUAAAUCUGUUUCGCAGCAGAUGAUUCUUGAGUUCUUGAGUUGAUUUUUGUAUAUUUAUCAUAAGUCACUCAAGAUGCAUGGGUGACUGAGGAAUUUGAAGUAUCAAAACUGAAGAUGGAAGGGAGAAAAAAAGGAAUAUCCUCCAGUAACAUAUGUUGCACCACUUGAGCUUAGCUUUUUCGUGAUGAGACCGUGCUCUCAUUUACUAGUUUUGCAUUGCUUUGAAUGCGUCUUUAACUUCCCUCCUUUGGCUUUCUGAAGGGAAGAGAUUGUAAUGAUGAAAUGCACACGUCACUAACAAGCCAAGGAGGGAAGUUUUCGUAAUGUAAAUAUUGCAUAAAUGUACAAUAAACAUGGUUAAUUAUACUGUAUGUACUUGUUAAAGUAUAACGUAGUUUUUUGUUUUUUUUCUUACUCACUAUGGCCUUGGAUAGUAUAUACUACUUGUGAUUUGUGUGGUCCAAAGCUAUUAUAAAGACUUCAUUAAGCUUAAGCUCUAUACUUCACUCUGUAAUUCUUAACAAAAUGAUGCAGCUUGAAAUCUAUUCAGCCAUGUAAAGCUGCUUCAGUGCUUGAAACAAUGGCUUCUUCAUAAAAAUCUAGGUGUUGCUGUCGCUUUAACUGAACACUGGGAUGAAUUCCAGCAAGGGUCAGUGAAGCACUCAAAGCUGUUUGAUUUAUUGGGGCUUUUUUAGGUUGCUGAUAAAAGUCUUUUCCAGAAACGAUGAAUUAUUCUAAGCACCAACAUCAGUGCUGCGCUCUAAGUGCUUCAAGAGCAGCUGCGAUACGAGUGGUUUCCAUUAAAACAAAGCUGCGUGUGAUGUGGAAUUGACGGAGAAAUGGCCACAGGCUGGAGUUCACCACGUGUUUGGCAACUCCGGAAAUGACAAUGGAUGACUAACAAAAUGCUUAGGCCCACUGGGUGUUGUCAUCUGAAGUAUUUCACAUAUUCAAAUGCCAUGCUUCUUGUACUGUAUCAAUCAAAGGGUUAAUUUAUUUGCCUGAGACGGUUCACUUUUGGUUUUGCCAUUUGUACUUUCAUAUGUUUAAUAAAUUGUAGACUAUGCAUAUA